AUGCCACUGUCACUUAAAUCUAUAUGGAAAGGAAACUCUAAACAUAAAAAACUGUCGGAAGACAAAUCUUUGGCGAUUGGACAAAACGCGGAAGACGGGACCGCGAUCGCUGUUGAAGACGACCAGACAACGUUUGAAGUUAAAUAUCUAGGCAACACUCCCGUGGAUUCUACGGCUGGCGCCAUCGCCGAAGCUGUUAAAACCAUUUUGGUUAUGGCUAAAGCUAGCAAAAGAAAACCACAGAACGUGACGGUUACGUUAAAUGGACAAGGUAUCAAAGUGAUAGAGACAAGUGACGAAAAGAAGACAGUGCUGGAAACACCGAUAGAAAGGGUGUCUCAUUGUUUUACCGACUCGGCUCACAGCAAUGUGUUUGCCUUCGUCACAGCUAGCGGCCUAACCAUGUCGGAGUGUCACGCUUUCAUGUGCGCCAAACGGAAAAUGGCACAAAACAUGUCCGUCACUAUCGGCCAAUCGAUCAGCUCUGUGCCGGACGUCUGGAAGGAGAUUAACAAACCGAAACCAGACGCCGACUUGAAAACACCAGACGUAAUUCCUGCAGACACCGUCCCAGAUGAUGUGGCUCAAGAGGUUAGAGAAGCGAAGUUAAUUGACUUGUCAGGAGAACCUCUGCCCAGACAGCAAUACGAUACAUCCAGAUGGGUGUUGUUCGAAGAUGAUUCAUCUUCUAAGUUAGAUGUGGAAUUAUUACACCAAAGACCUGAAGGAUUUGCAAAUUUCUCGAAUCAUUUCAAACAAGAUCGCCAGAUGUGUUGCUAA